CAAACAUUAUAAACAAUAAAAAAAAUAAAAAUUGUGGAACCGUAAAUAAAACGGUUUAUUAAUUCCGCCGUACCUACUUAAUUAAUUAUUUACAGUAUUUGAUACUAAUUUAACAUUUUACCAUUAAAAAUUCGAUCUCUUCAUUAUUUAUGAGUCGCUAACUGUUGUGUAUUUGUACUUUAAAGAAAUAAUACCAUCAAAAUGCAAGAAGACGAUGUAAAUUUAUGGUGAGUAUUUAUUGAUUAUUUUUUAUUAUGAAAUGCAAUUGUGAUUAUUUUGAUGUUGUAUGUUUAAAUACUGUUAUAGAUUUAUACACAUGAUUAUUACCUAGAUUAAUUUAAACAUAUUAUCAAAUAUUUAACAGUCUAACUAAAUUAAACUAUGACCCUAUUACACCUUAAUGGUAUGUUUCUGCAAAAUUACAAAAAUGUUUGUUACAGGAAUUCUAUAUUGAUCUCAUUAAAAGAAAAAGGAAGAACCAGAUUACCGACUGACAAAGCUGUGAUUAUAAUAGGUAAAUUAUAGGAGAUCUUUAUGCUUCUAUUAGUGUCAUAUCAAUGUUGUUUUCAGGAAAUAAUCAAUGCGGUAAAACUACUCUUGUUGGAAAGUUACAGGGAAUCGAUGAUCUAACAAAGGGAAUUGGCUUGGAAUAUGCAUAUAUUGAUAUUCGCGAUGAUUACAAAGAAGGUUAGUUAAUAGAAAUUAUAGCAUAGUUUAAAAGUACAUUUUUAAGAAGUGUAAUCCUUAUACUACAUACAUAUUUAUUCAGCCUAUAGAACUAUUCUGUCUAAAAGCAGAUUUGUUUUAAAAAAUGUAUAUAAAUAAACAUAUAGUUUAUGAUUUUUAACUCCUAUUUUAUAUAAAAAAAAAAAAAAAAGGAAAAGUAGAUACAAUUUGUUAAUAUUUGAAAUCAAUUAAAUUUAAUUAAGUCUUUGAAAAUAAACUAAAUUGUAUUUUAAUAUCUAUAUAAUAUCCAUUUUUUAUUUAUUAUGUAGCUUGAAAUGUUUUAUGAAAUAAAGAAAUAUUUUUACAACAAUGAUAAAAUUGUUUAGAUCAUACAAAAUUAAAUGUGUGGGUACAAGAUGGCAACCCCAAAUACUCAUUUCUAAUGAAAUUUGCUCUGUCAAAAUCAAACUUUAAGAACACAUUGGUAAUGUUUGUUGUUUCUAUGAAAACACCAUGGAAUAUAAUGGAUCAACUAGAAAGCUGGUCAGUAUUGUUGCAAGACUACAUUGACAAUCUUGAAAUUCCUCUUGAAGAACUUCGGGAAUACAAACUCAAAUGUAAGUGACCACUGGGAAGGGAUGCAGUGUAGCUCCCAAGCGAUUUUUAGAAAUUUUUCUUACAAAAUGUGUGUUUUUGUAUGCUUAAUUUGGUGGUAUUUUCAAAAAGUCGUUUAAACUUCAUGUGGAAGCUAUGGUAAAAAAACUGCGAAAUGCUCGAUUUUUCUAAAAGUCAUAUUUUUGAAUUUAAAAUAACAACAAUUUAUAUUUUUGAAAUUUUUUUUUUAGAAAUGGUAUGGUAUUUAUUACACACUUAACAUUUUGCUGGAAUUAGAAUUCCCUUAUUGUACUUAAUUUUUAUAUUAUUGUUAAUAAACCAUGUAAAACCAAUGAAUAAUGUUAUUUCAAUCAAUUUAAUAUUAAAGUAACUGAAAAUUGAUUUUUGGACUUUUCUUUUCAUUUGUUGUGUAAUAACAAAGUUUUUGGUGAAAUCAGUACUAACUUAUAUUUAUAGGUUUAGAAGAAAUAGUAGAAAAAUAUAUCUUUUCUCUGGAAACAAGCAUCAUAUUUAACUUUGAAAAAAAUAUAGUUUAUUUAAUACUAUUUUUUUUUAUUACUGAAGCCAAAAUAAUUUUAAAAAAAAAACCUGAUUGGGGAAAGUUUAUUGUGAAAUGAAUACAGCAAUUAUAAUGUCAAAUUAUUGUUAUAAAUAACAAAAUAUUUAAUAAAGUUUUAAAAUUUAUUUUUUUCGAUGGAAUUCAUGGAAUAAUCUCCAUAUCUCCAUACAUAUCCAUCAAUGCAAUUAACUUUCAAACAUAAUUUGAGAUGACAUCCAUGAAUGCAUUUUAAUGUGUUAUGUUUGGCAAUUAGUAUCCAAGACUGCAGUUUUUCAAUAACUGUCAAAGAAAGCACCCCUUGGUGUUUUCCCUUAAAUAGCUCAUAAAUAUCAAAAAAAAAUUAGUUCUGAUUUUACCAAAAACUUCUUUAUGUUAUUACACACCAAAUGAAAAUUAAAAUCAAAAAAUUAAUUUUCAGUUACUUUAAUAUGUAAAUGAUUGGAAUAUUAUAAUUAGAUUUUAUGUGGUUUAUUAACAAUAAUGUAAAAAGUAAGUACUAUAGGUAAAUUUUGAUUUCACCUAAAUGUUGAGCUUAUAAUUACUACCAUUUCUAAAAAAAUAUUAAUUUUAAUUAUUUUAAACUCAAAAAUACAAUUUUUAGAAAAAUCGAGCAUUUUGAAGUUUUUUGACUAUAACUUCCAAAUAAAGUUUGAGCAACUUUAUUGAAGUACCAACAAAUUAAGCAUGCAAAAAUACACAAUUUGAAAAACAAAAUUCCAAAAAAUCACUUGGAAGCUAAACUGCUUUUAUGCUGAUCACUGUAAAUCAGGAAUAGAAAUUAUUAUUAUGUAUUGUAAGAUAUGUUUUAGCUUGUGUAUUUAUAUUCGAUAUUUAAGGUGUUAAAAAUUGGAACAAAUAUAUUGAAGAAAAUGUUGCUGAUAAAAAUGGAUGUUUGGAACCAUCUCUUGAAGAUGGAGUCCUUACAAGGAAUUUAGGCUUAGACAUAAUUGUCAUUGUAACAAUGGUAUGUUAAUAAUUUAGUAUUAUAGUGGCUUAUUUUAGGGAUAUUGUUCAAAGAAAACUAAUCAUUUGUGCCUUAAAAAUGUAUUUUAUUUUAAUUUAAUUUUUUUUUUUUACAUUUAUUAAGUUUAACUGCCUAGACCACUUAUUGAUUUAAUAGUAUGCUUUAGAUUAAAAUUUACCAUUUAGCUUUAAACAGAGACAAUGUUAAUACAUAAGAUAUUUAAUAAAAUCAAGUAUAAAAUAGAGGUAGUAUACAAGGUAAUCAAUUUAUCAUAAAACCCACUAUAUCGAAAAAUAUUAACUAGAAACAAGCUGUUCUACAAUUUUAUAUUUAUAUUAUUUUUGGGGGUAAAACCUCUACCUACUUUUGAUUUUCAAAUAGCAACCUAUAUUAAAAAUUCCAUAAAUAAAUGAUAUAUUAUUUAAAUUAAAUGUUGACAUUUUUGAUUUACAUCAAUCUGUUGUAUCUGCUAUAUCUGACCAUUGUCAAUAAUUAAUAUUCCAUAAAUCUGAGAUUUUAUUCAGGAAAAAAACUAUUUAUUUUAAGUUUUAAAAAUAAUAUGGCUUUGCACCUGGAUUUAACCCAAAAUAUUUUAGCUAACGCGAAAUCUAAAAGCUUCACUUCGUUACUGGAUAUCCAAUUUACAUUAAGCAGUUGCAACUAUGAUGCUAGUUUGAAUGUUUUGCAUUUUUAAAGAAUACAGAUUUAAUUGUGUGUUUUUUAUUGGGUGAAGAAGUAAAGUCUUGCACAGUAUUGUCUGAAUAUUAUUAAUUAAUUUUUUUUUUUUAUGUUAUUAUGAAAUAAAUAAAUAUAAACUUCCCAGAGUGUGAUUAUCUAUGUGACUAGAAAUGCUGCCACCAAGUACUCGACUUUAAUUUUUUUUUGAAAAACAAGAAGAAAUAUUAAGUUUUUAAACCCAUGAAAAUUACAACAUUAUUACAGUAAAUGUAAAACAAUAAGAAAUAUUCUAUCAAGGUUAUAGUUUCACAAUAUUUCAUUUACGGUAGGUAAUACAAGGUAACUCAUUUAAGUGGGUACGAUUAUUAUCUCGGAAAGUAUUUGGGGAUAAAACCACUACCUACUUUUAAUUUUAAAAUGAAAAUCUAUAUUAAAAGUCCAUAAAUAGAAGGAGUAUUUUUUAAAAUAAAUUUUAGUGUUGACAUUUUUGAUCUCUGUCAAGCCGUUAACGAUAUAUUUCACUUUUAAGUUUAGGUAUGGGGAGAGUAGUGGAGCAUUAUUAAAAAAUAAUACUCAACUAUUCUUCACGAAUUCAAAUUUUAAAGUGAAAUAUCUCAUCAAUGAAUUGACAGAAAUCAAAAAUAUCAAUACUAAAAUUUAUUUUAAAUAAUACUCCAUAUACUUAUAGAAUUUUCAAUAUAGGUUGUUUGAAAAUCAAAAGUAGGUAGUGGUUUUACCCAUAAAAAUGAGUGUGACAAAAAUUAACAUAAAUAUAAAAUUGUAGAGUAGCUUGUUUUUUAAUGUUUUAGAAAAUAAAUUCCAGAAAAAGUUAUUACUUUCAAAGAUAAUGAGUGUUUUAUGUUAUGAUAGAUUGAUUACAUGUAUAGAUUAGGGUUAGUGAGGUAGUGUGGUAACUUUGUUUUGUCUAUAUUAUAAUAUUAUGUCAGUAGUUUAUCUUAAUAAUUUUUCUAAAAUUAAUGUUUUUAUUUAUUUAUUUUAGUUUCAUAUAAAAUGAAUAAUUAGGUAAAUAUUUACUUAUCAAACAAACUUACAAGGAGACUGAGGAUAUUUUUAAUUUAAAUUUAUGAGAAAACUGUAUUAAAUCAUAAUGAAUAAUUAUUAUCGUAUAUUUCUCAUUUUAGACUGAUUAUAUAAGUAUUUUGGAAAAAGAGAACAAUUACAAGGAUGAACAUUUUGAUUUCAUACAACAAGCAUUACGUAAAUUUUGUUUACAAUAUGGUGCAUCACUAUUUUAUACAUCUGCCAAAGAAGACAAAAACUGUGAUUUAUUGUAUAAAUUCCUUACACAUAAGAUUUAUAACUUUCCAUUCAAAACUCCAGCAUUAAUUGUAGAAAAAGAUGCAGUCUUUAUGUAGGUUUAUUUAUGUAACUAAAUCUUUAAUAACUAAAUUUUAGUUUUAAAACAAAAUACUAAAAAUAUAUACAAUUUUUUCAACAUUAUUCUUUGUGUUACUUAUAUAUUUUAUAAAAAUUCUUAAUAUUUUGGUAAUAAUUUGGUAAUAUGUUUUAGACCAGCUGGAUGGGAUAGCAUGAAGAAGAUUAAUAUACUGUCUGAUAACAUGCACACCAUUAAACCAAAUGAUUAUUAUAAUUCUGUUAUAAUAAACGAGAAAACCAAAAAGGUUUGUGUUGAAUGUAAAUUAUAAUUUAAAACUUACUUACAUUAAUUUAUAUUUAUUCUUUAAAAUUUUUAACAUAGUAUAAAUAACUCUAAAAUAAUUUUAUUAAAAAUUAAAAAUAUUUACCUAUUUUAUUUAAAACAAUUCUUUGAGUUAUAAAUAUAGUAUAAGUGUCCUAUAGUGUUCUGUGAAUACUAUAACUAUCAAUAUUCAUUUUUUUUUUCAAUUGAAUUUUGUGUCAAGGGAACACAAAAGUAGAGAAAAAUUAAAUUUGUAUUUUCAUUCCAUAAAAAAAUGAAAAAAGUUAUUUGUAAAAUAUAUUGUUUAAAACAAUUAAAUGUAUCAUACAUUCAUAUCCAAUUAAUAGUUUCUUAUUCUUAGUUAUAGUGUCUUUAAUAUAUCGUAAAUGAUUUUGAAAAUAAUUAAUAUUUGUUAAAACAUAAGGAAUUACUAUGCUGAUUGUGAUAUUCAUGUAACAUGUUAUUCUAUUGUAAAUUGUUUUUACAAUAAUAUUGUAGAAAUUAAACUGGCUCUUACUAUGAAACUAUUGAUCAAAUAUGUAAGUAUGGUAUAUUUAAAAGUUAAGAAUAAUAUAUUUUGAAAAAAGUUUAUUUUAGACAUUUUAAAAAUUGAAAAAAUUUAAAUAUAUUUUAUUUACUGUAAUUAAGGGAUGAAAAUGCAAAUUUAAUUUUUCAUUACAUUUGUGUCCUCUUGACACAAAACCAAUGGAAAAAAAUGAAUAUUGACAGAUUUAUUAGCAUUGGGAUAAUUCUGUAGGACAUUAUAUAACUUAACAUACUAAAAUAAAUAUUUAAACAAUUUUAAAUUAAAUUUUUAGUUUUAUCAAAAUACAUAAUAAUUACAUGUAUCAAUCAAAGUUCUUUUUUUUAACAAGUUUAUAUAAUUUGUGUAUUAAUUAGAAAAGUAAAAUUACCAUAAUUUUACCUAACAAAUCAUAUUAUUAAAAUAAUACAAAUUGUACAAUUCACAUUAAAGAAAACAAUUUCUAACUUAAUUAAUAUAUAAAUAAGCAUGGAUCAAAUUCAGGAUUAUUUAUUAUAAUAAUAUAUUUGUAUUAGGCUUUUGCUAAAGAAAUCGAAAUUCAGGCAGAAGAUGAACAAAUAUUUUUAAACAAACAAUUAGGAUUAUUAAACCAAACUGCAAAUCAACAAUCAGUAAUUGGUAUUCCAAAACAAGAUUCUGUAAUGAGAUCACUGACAGGUGUAUCUAAGCCUGGCGAAAGACGCUCCUCAUUAACCAAUCCAGGUCAAGGUUCUCCAACAAAAAAGGUAAUGUACUUUAUAUAUUUUUAUUUCUUAAUCUUUAUUAAAAUGAUAGAUUUUCUUAAUCCAAUCUAUUGGCUUGUUACAGAUUGAUCCUGUAAAAUCUGUUAACACUGCAAAUCCUGGUGAAGGAGUAUUGGCCAACUUUUUCAAUUCUUUGUUGCACAAAAAAUCUAGUCCAAGUUCUGCUGUUCCAAAAACGCCCAGUUAAUAUAAACCACUGAAUAUCUUAUGUAAAAAUAUAAUGUAUGGAAACUUCAAUAUUUUGUGUUACAGGUGAACUGUCUGGUUCAAGGUCAUUAUCUUUUGAUAGGACUGAGUACCAUACAGACACAUCAGACACUGCUGCAGAAUUGGAGAGGUUGACUAAACGAACAUUGAACUUGUCACAUGAAACAUCUAUUGAAACAAAUUCAUCUGAAACCAGUAUUGAAGAACCAAACUCUGAACAUUUUGAUGAUAAAUCAUCGUCAGAGUGUUAAUUUAUUAUUUUUCCUAUUAUCAUCAAAUAUUAAGAUUUUUUUUUUUAUUUUUAUAAUUUAUCUAUUUUUUAAUUUUUUUUUUCCUCAAACUAUUAUUUUUAUACUUUCCUAUGAUAUCAUUUAUACUAAACUAAAUGUAAUUCUCAUGACUUAUUUUUAUAUUUUCUUAAAAUAUAAUUUGUACUAUAUUUAAUAUUGUUUUAAUUACUAUUAUUAUUUUGCCAUUGUAUACAUUUACAUUUAAAAAAUCAAUAUUUCUUAAAACCCAACCUUUUAAAGACUUCACUUAAUUUGGUGCAAUAUAGUUUUAAAUUUUAAUUUAUAUUCAAGUAUUAAAAUUAAUACAGUUAUCUAUCGUAUGCACUAAAUGUCAAUGUAUAAUAUUUUGUUAAAACAUUUGGUUUUAUCUUUAAUUUUAUUAACAAAAAUAAAUUUAGUAGUUUAGCAGUACAUAGUGAUACUGAUUGUGUUGUGUGGAUAAUAAUUAUGUUAGAUUAAUUAAAAAUUGUUAGUGUCAUACAUUUUAUUGGUAAAUUUCUUGAUAUUUGUUAUAGUAACUGUUUUCAAAAUAUACAGAAUACAAG